GCAGUAGCAACAAUGGCAGCGGCGGCGGCUGUGGCGGUACCGCGAGUGGCACUCCUUACGUCACCGUACCAUCAAUGCUCCGUUACAUUCAUUCCUAUCCGCCGACCUCGGUGUCGGCGCCGGCGGUAGCGGCGGUCGUCACCACCGCACCAUCGCCGGCGGCACCCGUGCCCAUACCCGCGCCCGCACCUGCACCCCCUCCGAGCCAGCCGACCGUCAUCGCUAGCCAAACACCACCGCCGCCGCUCACUGGGACAGCCUAUACCGCGAGAGACGCGUACCGCGCCAGCACCACGAACGUGAAUGAGAGGAUUGCUAUCAGCGUGAGCAACAGUCCUCUGUCGCAAGUCGGUGUCGGGGUAGUGGCCGAGUACAGCGGCAUGGGAACCGGUGGCAGAGGUGAUCGGCCGAGGAUAUCCCUCUUACCGCCUACCGGCUCCUCGGUGACGCCGAUACCGUCGCCAACUGCGGUCGCCGCGUCCGAGUAUCAGCAGCACGCGGCGGCGGCAAGAAACCCGCCACGGGUAGGCCUCAUGCCCGUCCAACCGGAUCAGUAUUGUACUCGCACCGCCAUCGACAUGGCUAGUCUGCAACAAGACACGCCGCCUUUCAAAAAGAUUCGUCUGGGCCAGCCGCAUCAGCAGGUCCAGCAGCUGCAAUCACAGUCACAGUCGCGCUGUCAGAGCUUGUCGCCCGCGGACCCUUGCGGCGGUAAGCAGGAACAGCAGCAGCAGCAGCAGCAUGUCGUGCAAUUGCAGCAGCCGCUUAGGAUAGAUACCAGGGAGCAGCCUGCCGUGGGUGCAUAUACGCCGCAAACGGAAGCCAUUUCGCCUACUCUUCCAGAGCCGAAUACACAAGAGGAUGCGCUUAGAAGUACCAAGGAUGAGCUCUUGCAACAAAUCGGCAAAGUCGACAGAGAAAUCGCCAAGAGAGAGAAUCAGUUGAAUAUGUUGCGGAAGAGGAUAAAAGAAUUGGAAGAAGCAGCGAAUAAGCCUCUGGAAGCGGGUGGUCUCAAACGUAAUAUUGAGGAGCAGUCGCAACAACCAAAGCAUCAAUCGUUGGCGCAAAAGAUCUACGCAGAAAAUAGGCGAAAGGCGGAAGAAGCUCAUAGACUCAUGGAAAAAUUAGGUCCCAAGAUAGAACUACCUUUAUAUAAUCAACCGUCGGAUACGAGUGUAUACCAGGAGAAUCGUACGCGGCAUCAAACGUGUAUGCGAACCAGACUCAUAGCGAGGCUGCGGAGAGAUCAUACUGAGCGUGCGUCUCUUCAUCAGCAGCAAACGCAAACGUACACAAUCUUGGUUCAAGAGUGGCAUCGGAAAGUAGAACGGCUGGAGGCGACGCAGAAGAGGAAAUCGAAGGAAACAAAGAACCGCGAGUUCUUCGAGAAGGUGUUUCCCGAGUUGCGAAAACAAAGGGAAGACAAGGAGCGUUUCAACAGAGUUGGUGCUCGCAUCAAGAGUGAAGCCGAUCUUGAAGAGAUAAUGGAUGGUCUACAGGAGCAAGAGGAAGAAACAUUGCAAGAUUUAAAAAAUUUCAUUAAAGCCUAUCAGUUGGAGGAUAAGAAGAUGCGUUCGUACGCAGUUAUACCGCCUUUGCUGUUGGAUGCGAAGCAACGAAGGAUCGCCUUCCAAAAUCGGAAUGGACUGCUCCAACCGGAAGAGUUGGAAGCUCUGCACAGUGAACGUAAAUUGAUCAAUGUAUGGAGUUCUGUGGAGCACGAAUCAUUCAAGGAAAAAUACCUUCAGCAUCCUAAAAAUUAUGGAGUGAUAGCUCAAUCGUUAGAACAUAAGGGCGUUCAAGAUUGUGUACAUCACUACUACCUCACUAAGAAAACGGAGAAUUAUAAACAGCUUUUACGAAAGUCGCGUCAACGGACGCGUAGUUCUCGAAAUAAUCCGAAUAAUAAAGUAAAUAAUACCAACUCGACUAUCGGAUCUAUAGAUAUUUUAACGACAGGAGUAACGACGAGGUUACAGCGAGAGCAACAAAAGACUCAGGAGAAUCCCAUAGAUAUUUUAACGGCAGGGAUAACGACGAGGUUACAGCGGGAGCAGCAACAAAAGACUCAGGAGAAUCCUCAGAAUAGUUCGGUAACGGCUACAACUACAUCCACAACGAGUACCACGGUUACAUCGAGCGUGUCGUCGACAACCGUUACGACCACGACGGUAACGACGACGACGACUCCCUUGAGCUCGACAGCAUCGGGCGUUAGCGUAACGGCAGAUUCUGUAACGGCAUCAACGACAACGACAACGACAUCAGUUUUGAACACGACAGCGUCGAGUGUCUCGGCGACAUCGACGACGUCUAGCGCGAAAGAUUCUAGGGAGACAAGCAAGGAGAACAAGGAAAACAAGACAGACUCAAAGGAAUCUCAUCUGGUAAAGAUGGAUUCAAAGGACGAAGCGCAAUUGGAGAUGGGGAAGGAUAUUAAAGUAAUAAUGGAAGGAAAAGGCGCGCUGUCUUCAUCCGCUUCCUCGUUGAAUAUCAAUGCGACGAAUGUCUCAACUAUCCAGUCGGACUUUAAGGAAUCUAGUAAGAAGAAACCAGGUUGCAGGGACACAAGUGGCAGUGGUGCUAACGUUGCAACCAGUAGUAGAAUAAAGGAUAAGAAGAAGGAGAAUCAUACUCCCAUGGAGACCAGUGACGAAGAGGCACCGUCGAUCGACAUCAUCGAGAGCGGCAGGCAGAUAGGACCUCACGCUUGCACAGUGUGUCAAAGCGUCGUCGAGGGUAGCGCGCAUAGUCGCGCAUUGCCGCGCAGCCAGGCGUCACAAUAUGGUCUACGGGAGGACCAGGUGCCGGUUGGUGCGCGCGUCUGCAACACCUGCAGAUGCAAGGCCGUCCGAGGACGUUACACCACCUGCCCGUUGCCCGGUUGUCCGAAUUUAAACAGCUCCAAGUCCAGAAUAAAACGGCUGAGAGCGUUGCCCUCCAAAUGGCUCGAUCUGCCGCUGGAGAUCCGCGAGCCGAUCGCUCAAGAAUUCCAGAUACCGAAUAAUGCGACGAAAUGCUGCUCGGCUUGCUUCAGCCGUAUAUCGCGUCGACUAGCGCCGCAUCUUACCGGUGGUACCGAAGCAUCCGAGGAUGGCGCCGAUGCGAUGUUGCGUCAAUGGACGGACGAGGAGUUGGAGCAGCUCCGUAAAGCGCUUCGAGAAUACGGCACCAAUUGGCCGAAGAUCGCCGAACAAAUACCCGGCAAGACGAGUCAGCAAUGCAAGAACUAUUAUUUUGCUUACCGAAAAAAGUUGACUUUAGAUCAAGUUGUUAGCGAAUAUUAUACAUUGUUGGGCGAGGAACGCAGGCCGCCGUACGUGACUGAUGAGGAAGAGAGCGGAAGUAGUACGAGUAGUUGCGACGAACUAGCCGUUCACGACUCGAGUGACACCGCCAGCGCAGGAAGUCCAGCGACCACCACCAUGACGGGUAGUAACGCUGCGGUGAUACCGAGCAGUGGUCCUACGGCGACAUCCUCAUCGUUAUCUUUCCAGCGACCUAGCGAGCUCGGUUCGUUGGAAAAGCUCGGCGAAAAAAUCUCUGACAUAACCGUCGUAUCACUUGUUCCGCCUGCCGGAUCGUCCCAUCAGUCUUCCAGCGGUGGUGCUGCGGUUACAUCCGGUGGCGCUAGGGAGGAUUAUGACAGCUCUGCCACGACAGCGGACGAAGGUCAGGGAGGUGCUGAUUUAGAUAAUGGUAGUGUUGUGGUGACUAUGACCGCCAGCGGCAACGCAACAUCGUUGCAACAACAGAGCCAGCAUCAGCAACCACCACCAGCCACAGCUCAUUCGCCUCCUUCAACAACAAGUAAUUCAAAUCCUCUCACUGUCAAGGAUCUCAUGUUGGGAGUCAUCGAGAUGCAAUUAAAACGCACUCCCAAUAGCCCGGCCGAUAAUGGCGGCUCAUCCGCACCUAACAGUUCCGGUACGCCGACGAUAUCCAGUAUCUUAAAAACAGAUCACCGCAAUGACAUAACAUACGUUCGCGGUUAUAAACCAUCCUCGAGUAUGACGAACACGGCGUUGCCCAAUAGAGAUACAAAUCUGGCAACACUCUCUGUUGUAUCGGGACCUCAUCAUGGUCAUCGAUCCGCUCCUAGCCCGCAGCAAAUCGGUCAGAUGCAAGCUACUAUUACUCCUUGCCCGCCGGCUGCGCCCAAUAGUCAAGCUUCAUCCUCGGAUCUUCUUCCUAAGGAAGGUUUGGUUGUCAUGCAAGUGCAGCAAGCGCUCCGAGAAACAGAAGGAACGCUGGAUCUGAGUAUUAAAAAGCCCCGGCUACAACAGGACUACAAUCAUUCGAUUCAAAUUCACAAGCCGCCGACGGUCACUCUCUAUCGACCGGAACCGCCGCCGGGAGCGUACUAUCAUCCUCACACUACGCCUCAUCCCGAACAGGGACGUAACGCAAAGAGUCCGCUAGUUUAUGCUUCGACGCCACGACCACAGGCAUCCAUCACGCCGAAGAUGAAUAAGGUCACUGUGCCGCAAACACAUCCCAAACUGUCGCCAAAACUUAGCAGUAUGAGCACGCCGGGACACAAAGGUGGUUCCAUCACGCAUGGCACGCCUGUGUCUACGGCGCGUUACGAGGGUCUGCUGCGACAAAUGACGCCACCCGGUAAUCCGCCGGUGAGCGGCGCCUCUGCGAAUGUCAGCGAACGUGGUGGUGGUGUCGUCAACGCCAGCUCCGCCGGUCCGGGAGCGCCGAAAGAGACCGGAGGAGGCUCCAUUACUCAGGGUACACCGGUCCUUCCGUUUGCGGUAGACAAGCGUGGCGCGCCCAUAUACGACUAUCAUCGUACUAUUCGACACUCACCCGUCACGGGUAGUGGCAAUGUGCCACCACCUCCGCCGGGACAGGGCCCUGCGAGUCAAUCGGCGUCGCCAGCCGUGGUAGUGAGUCACGGUGGCAGUCAAUACAACUCUUAUUCCGCCGCGGGACGGCCGCCGCCUAGCUAUACGAUGGAACAGCAAUUAUCCAGCCGACAGAUUAUCAUGAAUGAUUAUAUCACCAGUCAGCAGAUGCAUGCGCGCGCUCGUGGCAGUGGUAGCGCUGGUGCAUCCGUUACUGGCGAGAUGGCGGGUAAGAGCGAACCGCCACCGCCACCGUCGUCAACUCUCUAUUACGCUAGCACGCCACCUCCUCCUCCUCCGCAGACGCAUACGCAGCCGCGACAGGGUGUUAUCCAGAGGCAUAAUACACAAAAGCAAAUGCAUUAUCCGCCACAGCCACCGAUUAUGGAUGCAUUUUCCAACUUGGUAGAAGUGGCUAUUAAGCAACCUACUUUGCCGGUGCCACAUCCUCACGGUCAUCCGACUGCGUCUGGAAGCGGAGGUCAUGAGGGUCUCGGUAAAACGAUGGCGGAUCGUCUAUUGGCUGACCGUUAUGACAACAACCGCGCGUUUCGCGAACAAGAGAUACGGAUGCAAGAGCAUCGUAUGGCCGAGCAUAGGCUCGCGCAGCAGCAUCAACGUGAGCGAGAGAGAGAACGCGAUAUCGUUCAUUUGCGGGAAAAAGAGGAACAUCGUUUGCAUCGCGAAAAGGAAUUGCAGCAGCUGGAGCAUCGUCUUGCAGUACAGCAGCAUCAUCAGCACCGUGAGAAAGACUUCCAACAGCAGGAACACCGUCUUGCGUCGCAGCGGGAGAAGGAUAUGCACGUCGAGCACACCCGUCUGCAGAUUCGGGAGAAGGAUAUUUCGCACGAGCAUCGGCUUAUACAUCAACAGCGAGAGAAGGAGAUCCAUCAACAAAUGGCGGCCGCCGCGCAACGUGAGAAGGAACACGAGCACCGAUUAGCCGUACAGCAACGCGAAAAAGAGAUACAACACCAGGAGCAAAGACUCGCUAUUCAACAACAACGUGAGAAUCCUCACGUUGUUGGAUCUCCGAUCCAACAGCACGCUGAGCAUCGUCUGGCUGUGCAGCAAGCGCAUCGCGAACGGGAUCUGGUGCAUUUGCACCAGCAACAGCAGCAGCAGCAACAAAUUCAGCAGCAUAUUCAGCAGCAACGUAUAGAAAUUGAGAGAAGACACAUGGCUCAGUUGUUCAGAGAUCAACAACAGCAGCAGCAGCAGCUCGACCGAGAUUCGUCGAGAUUAUUAAGCAGCGGAUUCUCGCAGUCCUCUCGGCUUCAGCAAUCUCAACAAUCUCAACAGCAGCAGCAGCAGCAGCAAUCAUCAUCGCGACAGAAUCAAUCUUCCAAUCAACAACAGAACGAUUCAUCGUCGACUCUCACAGCUGCCAGUCUGAUAGAUGCUAUCAUAACACAUCAAAUUAAUCAGGGCGUUGACAAUGCUAGUGCAAGUGGAUCCUCGACUAAUCAGCCGACACGUGCUGGCGAUCGCCUUUUCCAGGGAUUUCAUCGCGAAACUCCGCAAGAACCUAAUGGCAUAGCCCAUAGUCCUGCCGGUGAAGGAAGUGGCGGUGGCGCAAGCGGCAACGGAAGUGGCUGCAGUAAAGCGAUGACUCUCGGCGAGCAUGUUGAGCACAUUAUAUCUAAGGAUUAUGGUCCACCUCAUUCGUCGUAUAGACCUUACGGAUAUCCAAUCUCCGAGGAUCAAUGGAAGAGACGGAAACAUAAUGAGCCAGAUUCAGUAAAGACCGGGGACGAGCGUCAGAUAAUACGCGUUGCGCAGCAGCAACAACAACAGCAGCAAACGCAGCAGCAGCAACAGCAGACGCAGCAGCAUCAGUCAUCGGGAAAGCAACAAUAUCAUUCGGUCGAGCCACUUUCGCCGCCGGAAACAACCGCCAAUCACUACGGACGUCGCUUCUACGAACCGAGCACUGCCACAUCCACUUCCGGAACUCCCUCCAACAAGCCGCAUCAAAUAUCGCCGUUCGAUUACGUGAAAAACAAGAUUGUUGAGGUGAUGCGCACCGAGGAUGACAAGGCUGGCGGCUGUGGCGGCAGUAGCGGCGGCGACAACGGCGCGGGCUCCGACCGAAAUGGAGGCGGCAAUACGGUUGUAACGACCGAAAAAGAUGAAAAAGGAGCGGGGAGCGUAGAUAGAAGCCCAUCGGGUAAUGGCGGCAGCGGCAGCGGUGGCGGUGAGAUGGUGAUCGAUGACACGGGAGGGUCAACUCGUGAGCAGCCACCACCGCCACCGCCCGCGCCGGCAGCCACGACUACCUUCUAUCCAUUUAGCGCAUUAGGAGUUCACACUGGUCCACCGCCGGCCCCGCCACCCGCCUCCGCUACGUCCGCCUCUGUGACAAAAUCGGAGCAAAUGCAGGCCGAGCCGGCGCCCUUGCUGUCCGCGCAAUACGAGCCGCUCUCGGAUGAGGAUUGAUAGUCUUCUGUAACCGCUCAGCGCUGUAGCUAGACUAUUUUACGCUAGCGACGCAAGCUAGCACGAUGACUACUGUACGGCUACUACAGAUAUUACGCAGAGAUGCAGGUGACAGAUGACGUUUUCUAGGAUAAUCAUAGGUGAUCAUCGGUUGAACGAUGAUUCAUUAUAUUGGACGAUUUAUUGACGCUCUAUGGGCUUUACUCGCGAAAGUCACACUGCGUUCUUAUUGAUCGCCAAAUCCUAAUUUAAUUUAAGAGACUUUUUCUUUUUAUAUAUACGCAUAUAUAUAAAAAUGUAUGCAUAUGUGUAUAUAUAAAUAUAUAUAAAUAUAUAUCUAUAUAAAUAUAUAUAUAAAUAUAUAUCUAUAUAAAUACAUAUAUAUUUAUAUACGUGUAUAUAUUUAUGAGAAAUCACGAUCUCUCCAAUGAGGUAAGGGGUGCAGAAGAUUACAUGUAUGAUGUUUUAAAUGAAGAAAUCGCAUAAAUGUAUAUAUAUAUGUUGUUAUUUUAUGAACUCUUUGUAAUUUCAUUGUAUUUUUAGUCGGAAAUCAUUCCCGCGUUACGCAAAGAGAAGCGAACACAUUUACGAAACAAAUACUGAUUUUAUUUUGCCUUCUUAUGGUGUUGCGCUGGCUUUCAGUUGAACAUAUGGCGGCGAUUAGUUUUAUCCACUAAUUAGUUAUUAUCGCGAUGUGUAUAUAUAUUUAUAUGUAUAUGUGUGUAUAUUGUAUAUAUAUUGUAUAUACACACACAUAUAUAUAUGUAUAUAUACAUAUAUACACAUACAUACAUACAUACAUAUAUAUAUAUAUACUUACACACACACACACACACACACACACACACACAUACACAUACAUACAUACAAUUUAUAAUGCCGAUAUGGAUACUAAAUAUGUAUAAAUAAAUAUAUAUUGUGUCACCGUAAACAGGUUACAUUUUAUCGUCGUGAUCUUAACGGGCUCGUUUUUUUCUUUUUUUUUUUUAAUUCUCGUGAUUUAAUUACACACGUAUCGAAUUUUAGUUUAGGGAGAGAGUUUUGCGGACGCGAUAGUUCAAAGGAGAAACUACCGAGAAAAUAAAAUCGUUAUACAUAUGUAAUCGUUAAAAAUAACGUGCGCCUAUAUAUAUGUAUUUUCCAUUUUUUAUGUUUUUCGAUACUUGCAGAUGCAUAUGUGUACGUUAGCGUUUGGUGUCGCGAAAGAAAAAAAAGAGAGAAAGAGAAAGAAAACGAAUCAAUUGAAAUUCGAUACAUCUAUUCUUGUUUCGCGUAUGUACUAAUAUACCGAGUGCGCGAGGCUUUAGUUGUAUGAUCGAGGUGAAUUAUUAUUUUUUACGUUGACUUGGUCAGUCCGCGCAAGAAGAAAUGCCGAUAUUCGCGUAAGCAUUCGAUCUGUGGAAUAUCUAGGGCUAUAUAUGUAUAUAUAUGUCCCAUGUUCACAAUACAGACGCUUCUUUUGUAUAUAAAUGAGAAGUAACAUGUAAUCGUUAAGCGGUAAUGAUAUACAACGCUGAUGAGGGCGUGCAUGUUUUUAUUUGGAAUGAGUCUGUGAUGUAUCUGGGAUUAAUAGGUUCAACUGUGUUACGUACCAGUGCAAAGCGUAGCCUGUAGUCCGAACUAAGAAUGAGAGGGAGAGAGAGAAAGAGAAAGCGUGGGAGAUUAUGUCAAGUUUCUCAAAGAAGAUGUCGUACAAUGUAUUCUGGUACAAUUUACCAGAGGGAAUCGAGAAUCGAUUUAGCGACGAGAAAUUUACUUUCAAGAUCGUUCUCUUCUUGGUAAGGUGGUUUUAAGAAAACGGAAAAAAAAUCGUAAUGAUAAGUGUUGUACAUAGUAUAUAAUAUUAAUUUCUAAGUUGAGCAAGUAAUAUGGCUAGAUUAUAUCCGUACACAUGCUAUCGUAUAAGGAGUUUAGGUUUAGCGAUAAAUCGACGUAGCUAGCAUUUAGGGGUUUAGAACAGCCACGAACUGAUUUUAAGGGAAGAACUUCCUCCCAAACUAUGUUCUCUUAUUAAUAAAUGACAGCGAAACAUAUAUAUACAGGCGAAUUAAAAAUUGAUGGAAUUAUCAUUCACAAAGCGAAAUUCGUUGUAGAUUUAUUUCAUCUGUGUUUUAAAAACGCAUCCGAGAAUAUGUACGUUUAAACUAUCAAAAUACACAUACAUACAGAGAUAAACACGCACAUACCACACAAACACACGUACACAUACAUACAACACACGCACACGCGUACAUGUUUACAUAUUUUUUAUACAGCCUAAUUUUAUACUUGUAGCUUCAAUUGUCUUGCGAUCCGCGCCUUUGUUUCUUUGUCAUUGCGAAACGAAUUCUUCAAACAUUUGCGACAAUUGUUUCAGAAUUUGUUUAACGUGCGCGAUUGCUACUAUCGUGUUAUUCACCGCAUCUGCCGGAUUCCACCACGAUUAUAAUAUAUAUUCCGCAUUGUUUUGCGCGCGACUGAGAUAUCAAGACUCUACAGAGAUUCACUGUACAAAGACGACUGCCUCCAUUCGUACGCCGGCGAUCGGGCGAUCAUUCUCACUCGUACUUUUUGCUUCUCUUCGCAUCCUCGACCAUACAACGAGCGAAUAUAUUCUCAGUUAUAUAGAUUCUCUCGUCUUUUAUAUUCUCUCUCGUCUCUCUUUUUCUCUCUUGUCUCUCUUUUUCUUUCUCUCUUCUCUUCUUCUUUCAUCUUCUUUAGCGAAGGGGAGCUCGCAGCACGCCGAUUCUUUUUGUCCCUUGCAUGAUAGGCCAGUCGAAUCGGUAGGUCUCAAAGACAUCACCGUGUCAUAUAAAGACGCGUAUUUCUACGAGGAUCUUUCAUUGUACAAAAUAAUUGCCGAGGUCUGACAAAACUGUCGAAUGCUUCCAGAGUAUAUAGGUGGAGACGGAUAGAUAUCAUAUAUGUACACACACAUACACACAUACCACAUACUGCAGAGAGGCGAAUUAAUCUAGUUAGCCUGAGACAUAACAUUCGCAACAUGUAACAACGAGACAGCCGAUGUGGCUCGAUCUUCGUACUUCUUGCUUAGAGGAGUGUCCUCGGCGUGUUACGUUUCUUCUCCUCCUCGUAUAGUACCUGAGCGACACACACAUAUAUACUCUCACGUACACAAGAUUACAUACCUUCGUUUAACGAUUGCACCCCGAAGAGGUGACGCGAGUCCAGUGUCCAGUCCAGUCCAGUCCAGUCCAGUCCAGUCCAGUCUAGUCUAGUCCAGUCUGGACUGGGCUCGACUGGACUGAACUCGCAUCACCUUCCAAUAGAAACUGCACCCGAAAGGAUCCUAAGAAAUGCCUCAAAUAUUUCAAACAUCCGAGAGAUGAUAUCGCAAGCAUUUGGAAUUGCAUUGCGUUUUAUAAAAUGCCUCUUUCCUUAUCAUUUCUCGCGUGUAUCUAUGUUACAUUCUUUAAGUAUGCUUAGGUCUUACAGGAGUAACAUUGAGCACACAUUGAAGUUUGCAUGUAUACAUAGAACGCAAAACAUAUACACCUACAUAGAUACAUAUAAAUACACACACAGGCGCGCGUGCAGAGGGUGAUAACAAGACAAGGUCCCGCUUGAAGAGAAAAAAAAUGAUCGGCGUGUACAUAUGAUAUACAUAUAUGAUGUAGCAAACUCCCUUUCGUUGAUAUAUAUAUAAAGAGAUCUUUGAAAUAUCGGGGCUUUCAUCGGGUCGAUUAUUACGGGCGAUUUUUCCACAUUUCUCAAUAAACUCUAUCGUUGUCUUUCUCUUUCACUCUCUUUCGCGAACCCAAGAGAUAUAGCAGAGAAGGAAAAGAACUUAAAGGAUUUAAUGGCGAUCUAUAAUCUGGCUUUAUCGAGCAUUUGAGGAAAUCUUAUAAUCAAGAAGUAAAUUGUUUUUUUUUGUCUCGGAAAAAUUAUUACGUAUUAUAUGUUUGAUAGCGCAUCAAUAUAUAUAUAAAA